AUGGCAACGGAGGGCGUGACCGAAUCGCGAAGGCGGGGUAAUGGGUGGUCAGAGGCGGAGGAGGUUUGUCUCAUCCAGGAAGUCGUUCAGCGAGAGCAACUGUUGUUCGGCGAAAUAAAGGGAAGCGGUGUGAAGUCCAUCCAUCGACAGCGGACCGAUGGAUGGCAACGCAUCACGUAUAUCCUCAACACAAGACACAUCAAUGCCAAAAGGGAGGCUAUUGAAGUGAAGAAGAAGUACUUCAAUUUGAAACAAAGAGCUAAAAGCAAGAUCGACGGCCUCAAAAGGUCAAUGGCCACAACUGGAGGAGGGCCUCCACUCCCAGCACUGUCCAACGCGGACGAGGUCCUUUGUCAGUCUUUGGAGGGGAGGCCAGGUAUUCAUGGCCUAGAACAUGGCAUUGACACUGAUGUCAUUCAUGAUGGCGAUGUAGCUGCCGCUUCACCAGAAGGUCUGCAAGGUGAAGCACAUCACAUUGAUGAGCAAAACAACCCAGCAGAAGGUACAUCAGAAGGAUCUGAGUAAUAUCUGUAGAACAUAUUACUCUACUAAAUAAUGAACAUUUUCAGAGUUUAUUUCAGUAUAUUCAAG